CUGAAGAACCACUGACUUAGUCAAUGACAGCAUUCUGCUUUUAUUUUGGAAGCGAACAUUUGGUGAACAUAAACAAAGCAGCUCCGUUGCUCGAUAGUGGACACUGCCUAGACAUAGAGCCAUGUCAGCCCUAAGGCACUGCCAGGCUGGUGGCUGCAGUGGCUGGAAGGUGCUCCGUGGUGUCACCUGUCCCCCCAUCCACAUCAGAUGUGUCAGAAGCAUUGAAGCAGGCAGGAGACCAUCCGAGGAUGAGCAACUCUGGGAAACGGCGGCAGCGUUGCCCUUUUCUGCAGCCAAGCUGGGAUCUUUCUUUCAGGGCCGACCUGUACUCAAGAACCCUUUUCAGGAGGAUGCCUUAUUGAGGGGAUACUUGAGGAGACACCUUCCUCAUGAGGCAGUGUUCCCAGACUUGUGUGCCUUCGGCAAGCGUGUGGCGACGGAGGUGGACGGGUGGGGCAGGGAGUGUGAGAUCACUCCCCCUCGGUUGGCGCACUUUGACCCUUGGGGACGCAGAGUGGACCACAUCCUGACUUCCCCAGCGUGGAAACGCAUGAAAGAGUUGUCCGCGCAGGAGGGAUUGGUCAGCAUCGCUUAUGAGAGGCCAUUUGGAGAGUGGAGCCGGGUCUAUCAGAUGAGCAAGUUGUACAUUUUCUCCCCCUCCUCUGGCCUCUACACUUGUCCUCUGGCCAUGACUGACGGGGCUGCCAAAGUCAUUCAGUCGAUAGGCAUUUCUUGGCCCGUAGAAGAAGCCUACAAUCGACUAACCAGCCGCCAGCCUGAACAUUUCUGGACAUCAGGACAGUGGAUGACAGAAAGACAAGGAGGCUCAGAUGUAGCCACUGGCACGGAAACAGUGGCUGUCCCGCAAACAGAUGGUUGCUAUAAACUAUUUGGCUUCAAGUGGUUCACCUCUGCCAGUGAUGCAGACAUGACUCUUACACUGGCCAGAGUGUGUGACAGAGCAGGAGCAACCACACCGGGCAGCCGAGGUUUGUCACUGUUCUACGCAGAGGUUAGUCGAGACCAAGAUGGCUGUCUGAGAGGGAUUGAGGUUCAGAGGCUGAAGGACAAGCUGGGCACCAGACAGAUGCCCACGGCCGAGUUAUUGCUGGACGGCCUCCGGGCACACAGGCUGUCAGAAGAAGGAAGGGGUGUGGCCGCCAUAACGAACAUGCUAACUAUAACCAGGAUCCACAACAGCAUCGCUGCAGCAGCAGCAAUGAGAAGGGUGGUCCAGUUAGCACGUGACUAUGCCACUCGCCGCACGGCUUUCGGAAAGCUUCUUAAAGAGCACCCGCUGCACAUGCAGACCCUUGCCAGGAUGGAGGUGGAGAGUCGUGGAGCGUUCCUUCUGGUGAUGGAUGUCUGCCGCCUUUUGGGACGAGAGGAGAGCGGCAUCGCCACCCAGUUUGAUACACACCUCUUACGUCUCCUCACACCUGUUGUCAAACUCUACACUGCCAAACAGGCGGUCGCUGUGGUGUCCGAGGGUUUGGAGAGCUUUGGCGGGCAGGGCUACAUCGAGGACACCGGGCUGCCAGGACUACUUCGGGAUGCACAGGUGCUGAGCAUAUGGGAAGGUACAACAAAUGUUUUGUCCCUGGACGUGCUGCGCUGUGUGAAUCGGAGCUCAGGAAUGGUUCUCUGUGCUUAUUUCACUCAUGUCAAAUCCCUGCUUGCAGCAGCUUCAAGUGUCUCCUCUCUGGACCCAGCUAUUAGAGCAGUAGACGGGGCUCUCUCUGAUCUAGAAGGCUUUGUCCAGGAGGCAGCCACCAAAGUGCCGGGCUAUCUCGAACUAGCAGCCAGAGACUUAGCAUACAGCUUGGCUCGCAUCUACACGGGUGCCCUUCUUAUUGAUCAUGCAAGUUGGAAAGGAGCAUCUCCAGCUGACGUCUAUGCAGCUCUCAGGUGGUGUGAACAAGACUUAAACAUCGUGGCAUUUAACAAGGAUAGAGGAUGCUACAAUACCAACUGUCCAGGCCUUGAUUCAGCACUAGUGUAUGACCAGGCAAAUAAAGAUGAAAACUGACCUAUACUGGACUUCUAACAUUUAUAAAGUAAUACAUCUUUAUUAGUUACUAUAUCAUAUCCUUUUUUGGAUGCCAGUUAUUCCACAAAUGAAAUCUGCAUUGAAUUACAAUGGAACUGGUCUAUUUGUAAAGCAUUUACAGUACAUAAUAUUACAUACAUGUAACUAUAACCUAAUGCAAUUUCAUUUGUGUCCUUUACUGGAAAUGUUUUUGUGCUCCGAAUUAAAAGUUCAAGCGCUUGUACAGUU